AUGACAUCAGUGUCGAAUUCUUGGCUUAACAAGACCGUACGUGAGCAUUACAUGAGGUUGCCACAAGGACAAAAAUGCCAGGUGACUUACAUCUGGAUUGAUAGAACUGGAGAGGAACUCCGCAACAAAACCCGGACUCUGGAUACGGAACCAAAAAGUAUACAAGAUAUUCCUGAAUGGAACUUUGGUCUCCCAAGCACAAACCAGUCCGAAAGAUACAACACAGAGAUGUACCUCCUCCCAGUGCACAUGUUUAGAGAUCCAUUUACUCUUGACCCCAAUAAACUGGUCCUUUGUGAAGUUUUAAAUCACAACCGCAUUGCUGCUGAAACAAACCAUCGGAGGAGCUGCAAGAAAGUCAUGGACCAGAUUAAAGAGUACCAGAUAUGGUUUGGCAUAGAGCAAGAAUAUACACUCGUUGGAAAAGAUGGACAUCCAAUUGGUUGGCCUCAAAAUGGAUUCCCUCCACCUGAAGGUCCCUACUACUGUGCAGUAGGCACAGACAAAGCUAUUGGGCGGGACAUCGUGGAAUGUCAUUACAAGGCAUGCCUCUACGCUGGGAUCAAAAUCUUUGGAACAAAUGCUGAGGGCAUGCCAUCUCAGUGGGAGUUCCAGGUAGGACCCUGCGAAGGUAUUGAGAUGGGAGAUCACCUGUGGGUUGCACGCUUCUUGUUGCAUCGUGUAUGUGAAGAUUUUGGAGUUACUGCAACACUUGACCCGAAACCAGUGAAGGGAAACUGGAAUAGUUCUGGUGCCCACACUAAUGUCAGUACUAAGCAAAUGAGGGAAGAGGGAGGACUACAAUACAUUGAGCAGGCAAUCAAGAAGCUGAGCAAAAAACACAUGGAGCAUAUUAAGAUGUACGACCCACACGGUGGUCAGGACAACACGAGACGUCUCACAGGUCAUCAUGAGACAUCCAAGAUCAACGAAUUCUCUGCUGGGAUUGCAAACAGAGGUGCCAGUAUCCGCAUUCCUCUCCAGGUGGGUCAAGAAAAGAAAGGCUACUUUGAGGACCGCCGCCCUGCAGCAAACUGUGACCCGUACCUUGUGAUCAAGGCCAUCGCAACCACCUGCUUGCUUGAUGAUGAAGAAGAAGUGAAGGUCAAUUAG